CACCGAGCUCCGCCUCCGCAAGCGUGGCCCGCCGCUCCCUCUGCUUCCCUGCCGCGCAAGCAUCGACCGCCGAACGAUAAAGAACACGUGACAUGGUCGACCGGGUCGCCCUGGCGAGGCGGGGGCGCUCCGGCCGUCAACCAUUUCCGCCGCCACGGCGCCGGAGCCGCAGGGCGAGAACGCAGUGCCUGGCACGAGCACGUACUCAAUGCCGCGUGCGCCGGCGAGACGGGCGCACUCCGGGCGUCCACCAUCUCCUCCCCCUUCGUCAUUUCAAGUGGGACCACGAUGUCAGUGGCGAACCGUCAAACUCCCGGAUAAGAUUUCCAAGCCAAGGGAAGUAGCAGAGCAGAGCAGAGGCGAUGGCCGCAUCCUGCUCGUUCCGCUCCGCCGUCCGAGCUCCACCGCCUCCGCGGGGCCUCGCCGGGGCCAGGAGGGCGGUGCGCUGCUGCAGCAGCGCCGCUCCCACCGGCGCCUCCACCUCCAAGCUCGUCCUGGAGGUCAAGGAGAGGCUCGAAAGGGAGCACCCGGGCCUCCCGACGGGCAGGAGCGGCAGGGAUGACGACGAGAUGAUCCUCUGGUUCUUGAAGGACAGGAAGUUCGCCGUCGACGAAGCCGUCUCCAAGCUGGCCAAGGCCAUCAAAUGGCGUCAGGAUUUCCGCGUGUCGGAAUUAUCAGAAGAAUCAGUGAAAGGAUUGUACCAAACUGGCAAAGCAUAUGUGCAUCAUUCUUUUGACAUCAACGGCAGGCCUGUGCUAGUAGUAGUCGCAGCCAAACAUUUCCCUUCUAAACAAGACCCACUUGAAAAUGAGAAGUUAUGUGCCUUUUUGGUCGAAAAGGCUUUACGUAACCUUCCCAUGGGAACAGAUAAUAUACUUGGAAUUUUCGAUCUUCGAGGCUUUGGUGUAGAAAAUGGUGAUCUCCAAUUCUUAAAGUUUUUGAUUGAUGUGUUCUACUAUUACUAUCCCAAGCGGCUUGGCGAAGUUCUGUUUGUGGAUGCUCCAUUUGUGUUCCAGCCAAUGUGGCAGCUUGUUAAACCUCUGCUGAAACAAUAUGCCUCCUUGGUGAGAUUUUGUGAUGCUGAGACCGUGAGAAAGGAGUACUUCACAGAAGAGACCGUGCCUCCCGAUUUCCGCCGUUAGGCGUCAUGGUUUCUGUAUACUGAGCUGACAUACUGUUAAUGGCUGGUGGCCAGAUUCUGUGGAAGGUCAGUUGAGUGCUGAUCUCCCUGUUUCUGCCUUUCUUCGUCCUUCUGUCGGUUUAUUUUUCUCCAGCAGUACAAAAAUCCGUGCAUGAACUGUGAACUGGACCACGAGUAAGGCCAAUGGAUUUCUGAUUAGAGAGUGCUCGCUGAUGCUACAGCGUUGCAACCAACCAUGGUGUCGACGAGAGCUCUAAUGUUUAUCGCCGUUUGACCACCGGAACAUGAAGGCACGCCAUGGCCAUCCUUUGCUGGUGCCACCGCUGGAUAUGUCUCAGAAACUUUUCGCCUGUGGGUUUGUUUUCGAGGAAGUGUUUGAAGAUUGGAUGUUGGAUAACCAUCUUAUACUCUCUUUUUUUUUGCGGGUGAUCUUCUACUAAAGUUAUUGCGGGUGUAAAUAGUUCGAAGAUUAUCAACGCGGAAUAACUUUUUGUAACGAGCUUGUGAAAUAAAAUGGUUAUCUCGAUAA